AUGUCCUUGUCCGACCUAGCCUACGACACGAGGCACGGCGUUGUCGUAUGCCGGCCGUGUGGGACGUGCAUCGUCCCCGACAGCCCGGUGCACUGGAAGAGCCACUUCCGGAGAGAGCCGCACCGCCUACGCGGCGCUCGACUCCAACGACUCGUAGGCGUACUCUCGGGAUUCGCCCUGCGGGACCGAGACACGCUACAACGCCAACGGCCCGACCGGAGGCGACCGUGCCAGGCGAUCGACGGGCUGGCGACGUAUAGUGGCUAUAUCUGCCUGUGUGACAGCCGCCAGUGCGACUUCGUGACGAGGCGGCUCGAGACGAUGCGGGACCACAUACCAAGGCACAGGAGGACGGCGUCGGAGCACUACACGAGAGAGGCGACAGCAGCGCCGCUCUGGGCGCCCUGCGCCUUGCAGACCUACUUCACGGCCGGAGGGCGGAUCGACUACUUUGUGGUCGAGACAAACGAGGGGCUGCCACGGCCAGGCCUAGAUGCCGUGGCGCCGUGCGUGGACGCCACCGGCCCUCCGCCCUCGUCACCGGAGAGGCAGGUCUUCCAGGGGCUCCGAGAGGACAUACAGCAGGCGGGCCGUGAUCUCGACGCGAAGGCGACGAUCGUCGAGGGCCCGGGCCCAGGGCGGGCGGACAAGCAGCGCUGGCUCGUCCACACGGGCUUCCUCACGCACCUCGAGGGGCUCGCGGACGCGGAGAUCCAGUCCUCAUUCCAGCUCCCCACGACGUCGAGCGUUCAACAUCCCCGGCAGCGACGCGCGUACUCACGCGAACCCGACGGUGGCGAUGAUGACGAGGCUGGGGGUGACGGCGAGGGGGACCUCCGGCGGAUCCUCGCGGCCACGGAUCGGUGGCUCCGCACCGCCUACGAGCUUGUGGUCGAUUGCUCGACGAAGCGUAAGAUGACGCACCAGCGUGCCCAGAAGCUCAGCGACUUCGCGGCCGGCGCCGGGAAGAAGGGGAAGGAUAUCGCGUUCCGAUGCUUCAAGAACGAGGCGACGCUCGGAACGUACUUCCGGCGGGUGAAGGAGCUCCUCACGUACUACUACCGGGUAGCCUACAAAAAGGAUAGGCACUUUUCGCGCGAGACGGGCGCGCCCGCCGUGCCGCAAGACGUGGUCGAGCCCACGGGCCGACAGAAGAAGGCGAUGGACCAUAUCCACGCCGCGCUACGCGCGCAGGACCGGGCGGGGGGCGGCGGCGAGAGGGACCGCCUUGCGGAGGACGACGAGGACGACGGCGAGGCGGGCCUGGAGCGGGCGAUCCGUGCCUUCUACGUCGCGCUUGUCUGCCAGACGGUAGGGAGCGCGCACUUCCGCUCGCCGGUGCUCAGCUUCUGCGCCAUGCUUAGCCGGACCAAGCUCCGCAGCCACGGGGCGCGUAAGGAGGACGAGAGCAAGCGCGCCAAGCAAGGGCGCGGGGACGACGAGGCAGACGAGGCGGCCUGGCAGCGCAAGGCCCGAGGCGGCUGGCAGGACCCGGGGAACUAUAGUAGCCACCUGUCGGCGCUUAUCUGGUCCGCGCAGCUCAUCCUCUUCGAGUCGGUAUGCUUCCACGCGGGCGACGACGAGGACCAGAUCCCCGUCGUGCUCGGCCAGGUCUGCGAGGACUAUAUGCACCAGAAGGGCGAGACGACGUUCGGGUAUAUCCUGCAGUGGCGACUCUACAUCACAACGGUCGCGCGGUCGGCCAUCAGCCGGCGCCAGGCGCGCUGGUCCCUGUGCGGCCAGGAGAUCACGUACCUCGGGACGCGUCUCCGUAUAGAGGACGUGACGAGUCUACUCGUGUCCGAGUACAAGCGCGCGCGGGACCUCCUCUACGACGGGCUCCUCUUCAAGGCGCAAAGCCUCGGCGGGAUCGAGGCGUGGAGGCUCGUAGACGACCUCGACACGGAGGACUACGGCGGAUCGUGGCUCACGGACGAGGGGAACACCGACGUCCUACGCGGCACGCACGAGGCCCUCCUACAGCAGAUCGAGGGGCGAGCCGAUCUCCGUCAGCUCUUCCUCCGCAGCACGCCCGGCGCUGUGCCAACCGGCAGCCCGGCCCCGGCCCUCUGCCACCAGGCUAUGGCCGCCUAUGAGGCCGACGUACAAGCGUUCCUGCAGUCCCUGCUACCGCUCCUCUUUCUCUCGCCGAUGCCGCCGCUGCGGGCGCCCGAGUUCCUCUCUAUCACGGUCACGAACAGUAGCACCCGACGGCGUAGUAUCCUGGUCUGGGAGAAGAUGCUCAUGAUCCACGUGCGGUACCGCAAGAGCGCCGAGCAGACGGGCAAGGAGAGGGACAAUAUCCGGUUCGUGCCGGCCGCGGUCGCCGAGCUCCUGCUCACGUUCCUGGCCCUCGUGCAGCCGCUGCGGCAGUGUUUCCUCCGCCAGGCACGACCAGACGCCCUCCUAUCGCCGUACCUAUUCUCCAAGAUCGGCGGCACAGUCUGGCGAGACGAGGCGGUGUCCAAGUGCCUGAGCCGCGCGUGCGCGCGCGCCGAGGUGCCCGCGUUCUAG